AUGGCAGCGAAAGGCAACAGUGGCUCCAGUAGCCAUGGAGACAUCGACGAGUCCCAGGUGCCGGGAACCGUCCAACUCAUCGACAUCGACGAACACCUGGCGACUCAGCACGCCAGGGGCCAGAAGGACAUAAUACUCGUGCCAACCCCGUCUGAUGAUCCCGAGGACCCUUUGAAUUGGUCGCCUGGGAGAAAGCGGCUGGCAUUGACAUACAUCAUGCUGUAUACCUGGUUUGUGGGCAUGUCCUUGUCAGUAGUCUAUUCAGUCUUGGUGCCACUGUCAACGGCGCUGGACGUGACCAUCGCGGAUCUCAAUGCCGGUACAGGGUAUUUCUUUCUCCUGUGUGGUUGGGGACUGCUGUUCUGGCAGCCCUUCGCCUUGCAAUACGGAAAGAGAAUCACAUAUCUCAUCUCAACGGUUGCAAUGGUUGCCAUCAGCGUCUGGAGCCCAUACGCCAAAGGCAAUGGCCAGUGGAUCGCCAGAAAUAUCGCAAUCGGUUUCUUUGCGGCUCCCAUAGAGGCCCUUCCGGAGACAUCAAUCACCGACCUCUACUUUGCUCAUGAAAGAGGCACAUAUAUGGGCUGGUAUGCAUGGAUGCUGGCCAACAGCAACUUCUUUGCACCAGUCAUCACAGGCUUCAUCAACGACGGCAUUGGAUACAAGUGGUGCUUUUUCUUCCACGCUGUGUUUUGCGCCGUUACUUCGGUGUUUCUGUUCUUCUUCCUCGAAGAGACCAAUUAUGAUAGGAAAACGGUUGGUGUGAUCGAAGGCGUACAGACAGUGGCUCUCCUUGACCCCGAGGCCACGGAGCCAGCGACCGGAAACAAGUCGCCCCCAGAGAAGAGCUCCGGGACAGAUCUAGCCGAAGGCCCAGCCGCAGGACCAAGUACUGUGUACCGACGCAAGACGUACCGGGAGAAGCUUGCACUAUGGGACAAGCCUCGACCUUUCAUGAUGGGCUGGCGGGCUGUUCAGAUCCUCAAGCUCCUCUCUUGGCCUGUCGUCUUCUACGCCGGGUUUUCCUACGGGACGUAUCUCGUGUGGUUCAACAUCCUCAACGCCACGGCCUCCAUCAUUCUCGGAGGCGAGCCGUACAACUUCAGCCCUGCAAUCGUCGGCCUGUCCUAUCUGGCAUGCAUAAUCGGGGUCACUGUCGCCUCGUUAUUUACCGGUGUCUUCAGCGACUGGUUCGUCAUCCGCCUGGCGCGCAGGAAUGGCGGCGUCUUUGAGCCUGAGCAGAGGCUUUGGCUAUUCGCAGCAGCCACAAUCAUACUACCUGCCGGCUCGAUUCUCUGGGGUGUUGGCGCAGCACAUGGUGUACACUGGUUUGGGCUGCUGGUUGCCAUGUUCAUGAUCUCGAUAUGCAAUGGCUGUGGAGUCACUUUAUCGAUCUCAUACUUGGUAGAUUCCUACCGCGACCUGUCAGGCGAUGCGCUGGCGACUUGCAUACUGAUCCGCAACACCAUGAGCUUUGCCAUCGGGUAUGGAAUCACGCCGUGGUUGGAUGCCCUGGGCUAUCAAAACUGCUUCAUAAGUGUGGCGUUUGUUGGGCUGGCUGUCUGCUCCGUGUUCCUGGCCAUGGUCAAGUUUGGUAAGCCACUCAGGGAACGGAAGAGAUUGCAGUAUUGGAAAGAGGUGAGGAUCCGGAUCGAGAAAGGCCUCGUCCACUGA